AUGGCCUCAGAACGUAUGGAAGAAGAUCACCUCGAAGAGGGCGCCGAUGGCGAGGAAGAAGAGUUCAUCGACCCAAACGAUGUCUUCGUCGAGGUUGCAGAUGAUGAUGAUCUGCCGAUGGACGAAGAUGAUGCAGAAGGCGAGGGUGCACCCCAGGUAGACGAGUCCGUAGUCUAUGAAGACAAUUCCAUGCAGCAUUUCCCGAAUCACCACGCCUCCGUCUUCGCGAUUUCCACACAUCCUAGCGCUCCACUCGCUGCGUCAGGCGGCGAGGACGAUCUCGGCUAUCUUUGGGACUACACCACCGGGCAAGAGCUGGUAAAGCUCACGGGACACACCGAUAGCGUGACUUCCACCGCGUUCAGCGCGGACGGUGAGAUGAUCUCGACUGGGGGCAUGGACGGUAAGGUACGGGUAUGGCGCCACGUAGGCAAGGAGAAUUGGCGGACUUGGGAGUUCUUGACUGAGCUGCAGGGCCCCGAUGAGGUCAUGUGGCUGCGAUGGCACCCCAAAGGCUCUAUUCUCCUAGCAGGGUCGAACGACACGACAGUGUGGUUGUGGCAAUUACCCUCCGGAAACACUAUGCAAGUGUUUGCAGGACACACAGCUCCCGUACAAUGCGGAGACUUCACUCCUGAUGGCAAACGCAUAAUUACGGCCGACGCUGAAGGUACCCUGAUUUUUUGGGACCCGCGGAAUCCUGCCCCGCUCUUCAAGCUCUCUCCCACAAACGCGCGCUUCGACCUCGAUGGAAUUACUUCUGUCGCGGUAAAUCCUGCGUCGACGCUCGCUGUAGUCGGCGGUGCCUCCGGCGGCGUGCGGGUGGUGAGUUUGAGUAAGGGAGAAGUGGUGGGGGCGUUAGGCGGCCAUAAGGAGGGAGAAAGCAUAGAGGCAGUUGAAUUUGUUGACCUCACUGGCGCUUUAGCAGGCGUUGUUACUGCUCCGCCGGCUGCUGGGGGCGUGGUCGCCACGGGUGGGACAGAUGGGAAGGUGUGCAUAUGGGAUCUGGGCACGAUGCGAUUGCGUGCAACAUUAGAACAUGAGGAUGCAGUCACGUCAUUGUUACGCCUCCCUCCGCCCAAGGGACACCUCCUCGUAUCCGGAUCAGCAGAUAAGACCUUGCGUACGUGGGACGCGCGGACGGGCACCCUCCUCCGGGAACAUAAAGGACAUCACGGACCUGUUCUUGGUGCUGCACUGGGACUCGGCGGUGGUGUGGUCGUCAGUGCAGGCGACGACGGUGUUUGUUUAGUUUUCCCAACAGAGUGA